CACAUAAACCCUUUCCUUUUCUCCAUCGCAAAAUCAUGGGUUUCCCGCAGUCACUUUUCACCUUCAUAAUCAUCAUCUUUUCAACAAUUACAUACCAAUCACAGAAAGUUCAAUCCUCACCAUCACAGGCUGAAACCCUCUUGGCAAUCCAGCGUCUCCUCAACUACCCACCUGCCUUAAGCAACUGGAACAACUCCACCACUGAUUUCUGCUACACAGCGCCGGUCCUAUCUCUCAUGGUGAUCUGCGACGAAAACGACGCCAUAAUCGCCCUCCACAUCAUCGGCAACAGCAACAGAGACAACCCAAGUUCCUAUCUUCCACUGAUCAACUUCUCCAUGGAAACUCUGGUCACCACUCUCGCCGCCCUCCCAGCGUUGAAACGGCUGACCCUGUCUUCUCUGGGUUUAACUGGUUCGCUGCCCGCUAAGAUCUCCCAAUUGUCGUCAUUGGAAGGACUCAAUCUCAACUCCAAUUUCCUCCGCGAUCCGCUCCCUGAAGAGCUACUUUCGUUGCAUAACCUUGAAUCCAUUUCUCUGGACGACAACUUAUUUGCAGGGGAGCUGCCAAGUUGGAUCGGCUCGCUUCCGGCUCUAACAUCUCUUAGCAUAAAGAAGAACAUGUUCAACGGUACGUUACCCGAUUCAAUCACCAACCUGACGAAUCUCGAAUCGUUCACGCUCGCACGGAACUACUUCCAAGGGAAUCUGCCAGAUUUCAGCAGGCUGAAAGGGCUUCAGGUGGUGGAUUUGGAGGGCAAUGAUUUCGAAACAGAGUGUCCUUGUUACUUGCUGGGAUGGAAUUCAAUGACCGUUUUCGACAUUGGUGGAAACAAGUUCAGUGGUAAGCUGUCUGAGAGCCAGAGUUGUGGCGUUGGGUUGGAGUUUGUGGAUCUUUCUUCCAACUUUUUGACCGGGAAUCUGCCCAAGUGUCUUGCUGUCAAGAACUCCAGCAGGACUGUUUUGUUUGAUGGGAACUGCUUGAAGGGUACUGGAGAUAGGACAAGUCUGCAGCGCCCAUUAUCAUAUUGUGAUGGUCAAUCCUCUGCGGGAAGUAGACACAUUAGUGAGCUGCUGAUCACGAUCACCACGAUGAUUGUCCUGCUGGUAGCUGGAUGGAUUGAAUAGUACAAGAAAGGCAUUUAAGAAUUUAAAAUGACAAGGUUGAAUUCAGCUUGAAAUAUUAAUAUACUAGUUAUUUGGCCCGUGCUCCGCAACGGAAUACUUAUUUUACCAUUGUUUUUUUUUUUCGUUAAUAUUUAUAAUAUUUUCAUUGUAGUUGGAAUUGUUAUUGAUGUUUUCUUCUUUUUCUUUUUCACAUUAAUACAAUGAAGUUUAAUUUCGCAGACCAUUAUUUUCCACUGUUAAAGUUCCUUAUAACAUCUCGUCUAUAGAGAAAAGAAUUGGAUAUUGAGAAAGAACAUAUAGUAGAGGAUUCUGGACAUAUACAUACAGGUGGCAUUCAUUCAUAGCAAAAAAAAGACAUGUGUAGCUCAUGCACACAUCUUUUUUAUCCAUUCAUCAUGUUCAUCAAUGAUUCACCUCAUCUUCAAUUCUUUAUCAGUAAAUAUUUCUGUUUGAAAUUGGUAAAGAAGACAAAUGAUAGAAACCCUUCUCUUCUAUUAAGAAGAUGAAGCUCCAAGUGUCUUAAAUUCCGGACUUUAAGUAGCAAGUUAAUGCUCUGUUUUUCUGACUUCUUGCUCUUUGGAUACUCUGUUUUAAAACAGGGGACAAAGUAGGAGGAUGAGAAGAAAUGAACGACAACCCAAUUGGUGCAGCUGAUGAUUCCAAUCACUGACGAUCCAACCGAAACAACCAUGUUUCUUUCUCACUUUCGACAAUCAGUUCUUUGGCUACAGGUCGAACCAACUUUACGUCAGCUCUGCCAUUUCACAAAUCGUGGUUCAUCGGGUUCAGGGAUGAGACAAACGGGAGAUUGAACCCCUCAUUUUUUCAAUUGAGUUUUUUUUUGUUUUUCUAUUGGUUAUUUUAAUACUUAUUGUCACAAACAGAGAACUUUUAUUUUUUAUUUGCAUGGAAAAGAAAGCGAUCAGGUCUCAGGUGCACCCGGUGCUUGGCCAGCCCAAUGAACGUGAAAGUGGGCUCAUGUAAUCUGACCGCAUAGAAUCGAAACUCCCUUGUGAACAAUGCUCCGAAAUUUUUUUUAAGGAAAAAUACUCGGAUUUUAUGGUAAGUUUUACAAACUUGGGGAUUAAUAAUUCUAAUAAUAAUUGAUGUUAAAAUUGAACUUUGUUUAGUAUCAUUGAAGUGCGCCUUAAGAGAACUGAGAAUGGGAAUAGGUAGAUAUUUAGUUUAUUUUUUCCUCAAAACAUGAAAUCUCCCAAGUUGGCUAAUUAAUAGUACUAUUCCUAGGUUGUCAUUGUAAAUCUUUGGAGUUGAUCAACUGAUAAUGUAUGUGGCAUACUAAGAAGGGUGGUGUAGUAACGUACAAAAUGAUUGGCAUGAUUCAAAUAUCAGAGUAGGCCGUCUAUCGUCUUUAUUGAGUAAGAUAAAUGGAUAUUCUUAUAAUCUAAUAAAACUCCGAAUUCGGAAUAAAGUGAAUUUGAUGACUUGUUUUUCAAUCUCUUGAACUUACUGCUAGUUCUUGUGCAUCGAAAAUCAAGAUGUUAAAUAAAAUUUGAUGGGAAUGAAAAAUCACUCAUGAUCUAAAAACAAUCGUUCAUAAAUAGGAACAAACAUUUUCCCCGGUUGGUUGUUUGGAAAAAGUUAAUAUGCUAACUUGAAAAUUAGUUAGCAGAUCACUGAUAUCCAAAAUACAUGAACUGAUAUCCAAGUAUUAAAGUAUCUAGAGAGCACACACUAGUAUUCAAGGUUUGCUAACUGAUAUCCACCAUGAAUCAACUAUUAUCCCAAAUUCACAAACUAAUAUCUAGAUAACACAGAAUAGUAUCCAUACAACACAUAAUUAGUAUCCAUACAGAACAUAAUUAGUAUCCAGAUAACACUUAAGAGUAUUCAUAUUGAAUACUAGUUGGUUGAUUGUGAAUAUUAGUUGGUAUCUGCUAUCGGGAUACCAGUUUGUGAUGUUUUGAAUACUAGUAUGUGCUAUCUAGAUAAUUUAGUAAAAUCAGCAGACUUGA